AGUAUGAAUCAUCAAAGAAGGACAAACAAAUGAUGACUUUCCACAAGUUUGAUGAAGGCUACAGAAGAGUUGUUCCUUCUCCAACACCUAUUGAUAUCAUUGAAUUGGACACUAUCAAAACACUCUUCAAUGAAGGACACUUGGUUAUUUGUAAUGGAGGUGGAGGUAUCCCUGUUGUUAAAAGCCGAGAUGAAGUUGGUGGUGAUGAGAAAGCAAUGAUUGGUAAAAAGCAAGCACAAAGAAAGAACCACCUGAUGGGCAUAGAAGCAGUCAUUGACAAGGAUAGAUCCAGUUCCCUGCUAGCACAAAAGCUUACUGUCGAUUACUUUAUCAUUCUCACCAAAGUGGAUCAUGUCUACUUGAAUUACUCUUCAAAAAAGGAGGAGAAGAAGCCUAUUACUUCAAUGGAUGUUGAAACUGCUCGACAAUACAUUACGGAAGGAUGCUUUGAAGAAGGUACCAUGCUACCAAAGAUUGAAUCAGCCACUGAAUUUGUUACCAAGACUGGAAAACCUGCUCUCAUCACAAGCUUGGACAAUUUCAUCAGAGAAACUUCCAAGCAAGGAGAUGUUAACAAUGAAAUCAAACUACGUCAUAUUGAAGGUACUUGGAUUGUUCCAUAA